AUGUUUAUUCCAACAUCUGCUUGUCUGUCUGCAUUGACGAAACGUACUAAAAGAGUCCAGGUGCAACUAUUGAAGGACUUUCCAAAAUUUCAAUUACGUGCUGGUGAAGUCGUUAAUGUUAAGCCAUCACUCAUGAGGAAUUUCUUACACAAUGAAAAUGGGGCUCGUUAUAUUUUGAAAGAAUCUGACAUAGACCAAACUUUGUUGUCUCGUUCAAAGAAGAGUAGUGAAUCAUCGAGCCAAAAUGUUACCAAGAAGGCCGUUCCAAAGGAGAAAAACACGAAGCCUGUGGUAGCAAAGCAACCUCAACAGAAUGGAGAGAGCAAGGCUCCAGAAGCACCUUCUUCAGCUUUAAACCAGAGUAUAACAAUUGAAAAGGUUAAGAUUCCAGGAUUGGAACUAUAG